UGGUUCUGACUUUUAUUUUUGAAUUAUGCUACUCAAAUGUUUCCAUAGCAGACAGCCCGGAGCGUCACUGCGCAGCUGCGGACAGCCUGUCACGUACGACACGUUGCGGUCGGGAAAUGAGGAAACACCAGGAAGCAAAAGCGUGACGUCACCGCCCCCCCGUGGCGGACGCUUCAUCCAAACGAACAGCAGCAGAUCCGGCAGCAGAUUUGCCAAACACCGAGGUCCUGAUGAAGGUGGUCCUCCUCCUCCUCCUCCUCCAGGUGUCGCAGCCUGUGCGGGCCAGGUGUUUCUGCCAGGUCACAGGUCACCUGGAUGACUGCGCUUGUGAUGUAGAGACAAUCGACGACUUCAACAACAACCAGCUUUUCCCUAAACUUCAAACUCUCUUGGAGUCGGACUACUUCAGGUUCUACAAGGUCAAUCUUCAGAAGCCGUGUCCUUUCUGGACGUCCACCAGUCACUGCGGUCUGAGGGACUGUGCAGUGAAGCCCUGCUCACCGAGUGACGUGCCUGAGGGAAUACGAUCCUCCCCCCACAACAAGUAUCUGAAAGAACCCAACCAGCAGCUGGAUGAAUGCGAGCGGGCCGAGCAUCUGGGAGCCGUGGACGUCUCUUUGAGUGAAAAGACCCGGGAGGCUCUGCAGGACUGGAGCCGCCACGACGACGAGGCGGAGCGAUUCUGUGUGGUUGAUGAUGAGGAGCCGCCGGACUGGCAGCACGUGGACCUGCUGCUGAACCCGGAGCGCUUCACGGGCUACAGCGGACCUGACGCCUGGCAGAUCUGGAACAGCAUCUAUGAGGAGAACUGCUUCAAGCCACUGACCAUCAAGCGCCCGCUGCUGCCCGACUCCUUCCUGAGCAGCUCAGGAAAUGAAGCCAGGACCUUCCACCGCUGGCUGAAAGGUCAGUGUGUGGAGAAGAGGGCUUUCUACCGGCUCAUCUCUGGCCUCCACGCCAGCAUCAACAUCCACCUGAGUGCCAGAUACCUUCUGGAUGACUCCUGGUAUCAGAAGAAGUGGGGUCACAAUGCGUCAGAGUUCAGGCGGCGCUUUGACUCUGAGCUCACAGCCGGUGAAGGGCCCAGAAGACUCCUCAACCUCUACUUCCUGUACCUGAUAGAGCUGCGAGCGCUCGCCAAGGCGCUGCCCUUCUUCCAGCAGCCCUCCUUCCAGCUGUACACGGGCCGGGCAGAAGAGGAUCAGAAGCACAAGGAGCUUCUGCUGCAGAUCCUGCAGGCCGCUAGAUCUUUCCCUUUGCACUUUGAUGAGACGACUCUGUUUGCUGGUGAUGAGAAGGAAGCGGCUAAACUGAAGGAGGACAUCCGGCUGGCCUUUGUCAACAUCUCCAGGAUCAUGGACUGUGUUGGCUGCUUCAAGUGUCGCCUGUGGGGAAAGCUGCAGACUCAGGGAUUAGGCACGGCCCUGAAGAUUCUGUUUUCAGGACGGCAGAUUGAAGCUCUGCCCAAAUCCAGAUUCCAGCUCAGCCGGCAGGAAGUCGUCUCGCUUCUCAACGCGUUUGGAAGGAUUUCCACGAGUGUCAGAGAGCUGCAGAACUUCCGAUCUUUGCUGUCAGAGAACCGAUGACAUGUCUUACCUUCAGACGUGGACUCUGGAGACCCUGAGCCCCCAGUGCCAAGAGUCUCUGCUGCUGAAAUGAUGCCGGAUCUGCUUUUGUGGUUCUUUUGGACUUGAAAGGAAACUUUGAGUCCUUCGAUUUUUUUCUCAUUCCCGCCAACGUUCAGAUCUUUUUUCUUGGACUUUCCUGAUCACAGAAGGAAACCUGAAGGGAUCCAUCAGUCCAAGGAGAGGAAAUCUAUGUGGUGUAUUUCUUCAAAUCAAUGAUGUCAUGAAUGGAGGGAAGAUUUCUGUCCUCCUGCCCUGUUCCUGUAAUCCAGCUGUUGUCCAGAGGAUGGCGCCACUCGUAAAGAAACUGCUCCAAACGAUGUCAAUCAGGGACGAUUCCUCUGUUUAAAAGUCAUUUCACCCAUGAUUAAAGGGGAGGUUUUUAAUUUGCACUUUUGCAUUUGACUUUUUACAUGUUUUUUAAAAUACCCUAAAGUACACGUCAAUGACUUGACCUUCCGUGACCUGAUGAAAACACCGGAGCGGUGAACACGCAGAGGGAAACUGUAGAGUUUGAAUAUGAACUUCCUUAGUGCUCAUCUGCAGCCUGUAGGAGGGAUUUUAAACUAAAACUAAAGCAGUUUCUGUUCCAUUGUCUUUGUGAGAUCAAUAAAGUUUGAUUCUGUU